CUCUCACAGGAACCCAAUCUGGCGUUGACGUCACCCUGUAUAUAAGGCGUGUGUGGGCGGCAGUAGAAUCAUCGCAAGGAGGAGCUGUUUCAUCCCCAUUUUCACCCCUUAUCUAUACCGACCGGGAUACCUGUCAUCACUCUGCACCGGAGACAUGGCUUCCAACGGGACCGACACCGCCGACCAGCCCGAGCAGAACAUUGAGCAACAGAAUUUGGUGGAACGUGUUGCCAAUAUUCCCCUUGUGAGCUCAGCCUGCAGUAUGGUCAGUGGAGUUUACACCUCUACUAAGGACAGUCAUCCCUACAUCCGCAGCGUGUGUGAUGUCGCAGAGAUGGGAGCAAAGACCUUAACUGGGGCUGCUGUCACUGGAUCAAAACCCAUUAUAAGCAGGCUGGAGCCACAAAUUGCAACAGCUAAUGAACUGGCUUGCAAAGGUCUUGAUAGAUUGGAAUCUUCUCUGCCUAUUCUCCAGCAACCAGCUGAUAAGGUGGCAUCUGAUGCAAAGUCUCUGGUGACAGGAGCUCGUGAUGCAGUUGUUGGUGCAGUUACAGGCACUGUGACAGGUGCUCGGGAUACGGUAACUAGUGCAGUGUCAGGUGCUGUGUCUGGUGUCAUGGGCCUGGCAACAGGAGCCAUUCAGGGCAGCAUCAGUGCCACUCGAUCUGCAGUUUCAACAGUUAUGGAGUCUCAAGUGGGACAGUUUGUGACCAGCAGUGUGGACUCAGUGUUGGGGAGAACCGAGGAGUGGGUUGAUCACUACCUUCCCAUGACAGAUGAGGAACUGUCCCAGCUUGCAGCCACUGUGGAGGGUUUUGAGGUUGCACCAUUGCAGCAGCAGAAAGAUCAGCAGAGUUACUAUGUGCGCCUGGGCUCCCUGUCUUCACGAAUUCGUCAUCGCGCAUACCAGCACUCAUUGGGCAAGGUGAGGAAUGCCCAGACAAGCACUGCCGAGGUUCUGUCUCAGCUGCACCAAACUUUUGAUCUGGUAGAGUCUUUCAAUCAGAGUGUUCAGGGAGGAAAAGAAAAGCUGAACCAACUGUGGGUGGAUUGGAGCAAACGGCAGCCAGAAACAGGAGCAUCUGCUGCUGGUGAAAAUGUUUGCGAGGAUCAGGCUCUUGACUCCAGAGUGCUCAGCAUGACCCAAAUGAUGACUAAACAGCUUCAGACAACAUGCUUCACCUUGAUAUCUGGGGCUCAAGGCCUCCCAGCCAACGUCCAGGAGCGCAUGCAGAACCUGAGGCAGAAUGUACAAGAACUGCACACCUCAUUUUCCUCAGUUCGCUCCCUCGGAGACCUUUCAGCUGGAAUUCUAGCACAGAGCCGAGCAAAAGCCACUCAGGUUCACGAUCACGUGAACGAGCUCUUCAGCUAUGUAAUGGCAAACACCCCGUUGACUUGGGUGGUUGGACCUUUUGCCCCUCAGAUCGUUGAGCGUCCAGAAACUCCAGAAGACCUCAAAGAAUAAGUAACUGGACACUGCUUUGGUUUGCAAAGGGAGUUGAAGGGGAUAUGAAGCUUGAACAAAGGUUUAAACAUGGCAUAAUUGUACUGAAUCGCCUCUGCUGCACUUUUUUCUUAAACUAGCACUUACUACAAACUUCUGAAAUUGCCUUGUAUGAUUGCCAAAAUACACAAACAUGUGAUCUGCA